UGGUCAGUUCUCAAAGGGAGUUGGAAGUAGUCAGUCGCUUGGAAAGUUUUUAGUCGUCGAAACAACGUCUGAUGGAUUUCAGUCAGGUUCUGGAUAAGUGUGGAAACUAUGGCAGGUUCCAGGUGAUGAUCCUUCUGCUGUACGGCUACACAAAUAUUCUUGGAUCACUGCACUACUUUUCGCAGACCCUCAUCACCUUCACACCAGAGCAUUGGUGCUCCCAUGCUGACCUUAAGGGUCUCAGUGUGGAAGGGAUUCGCUCCGUAUAUGAAAACAUAUCCGCCGCAUCCUGCACGCCUCUUUUGGGCGUAAUCAACGGCUCAGGUGUUGUAGCUACGGACCGAAAGUGCAGGAAUUGGAUUUUCAACAGGGAAAGCGGCUACGAAAGCAUUACCACCGAGCUCAAAUGGGUUUGUGACAAAUCGCAUCAUCCAGCAGUGGGCCAAUCCUUCUUCUUCAUGGGCUCCGUCGUGGGCACCAUAAUCUUUGGCUAUCUGUCGGAUCAGAUAGGUCGUCUGCCCUCCCUGCUGAUGGCCACCUUGUGUGGUGCCACUGGGGACUUUAUCACCUCCUUUGUGCACACGCUGCCCUGGUUCGCCUUUUCCAGAUUUAUGUCGGGAUUAUCCACGGAUACCAUGUACUACCUAAUGUACAUAUUGGUCUUUGAGUACUUAAGCCCCAAGAGCCGUACCUUUGGCCUCAACAUCAUCUUGGCUGUAUUCUACUGCUUCGGACUGAUGACCUCGCCUUGGGCCGCCAUUUGGAUUGGUAAUUGGCGUCGCUACCUCUGGCUGGCAUCUCUUCCAGCACUGGGCGUCCUUAUAUAUCCAUUCCUGAUCUGCGAAAGUGCUCAGUGGCUUUUGACCAAAAGGAAGUACGACGAGGCGGUGUUCUGUCUAAAGAAAGUGGCCAAGUUCAAUAGGCAACAGGUGGAGGCGUCCGUUUUCGAUGAGUUUGUCAAAUACUAUCGGGAAAGGGAAAUCCAGGAUUACAAACUCAAUAGUCACGAGGACACUUUCUUAGCCAUGUUUUUGACCCCUCGGUUGCGUCGAUUCACUUUGACAUUGCUCGUGAAGUCUGUCAUCAUAACCCUCUCCUGCGAUGUAAUUAACCGAAAUAUGGAGGGCUUAGGUACAUCGCCCUUUAAGCUCUUCUCCUUCACAUCGAUUGUAUACCUUCCAGCGGGAGUGGCUAUCCUCUUGUUGCAGAACAAGAUCGGACGCAAGGGCAUGGCCUGCACCGCUCUCUUUGUGGGUGGACUAAUUACCACGGCGACGGGUUUCAUGAUAGCCCACUUGGAUCCCACGGAGAACGCCCUGCUGUUGGCUAUCAUGGUGGCUCUGGGACGCUUUGGAGCGACCGUUUCCUACGAUGCGGAAAUCCAGUAUGCGGCGGAAAUCAUUCCGACCAGUGUGAGAGGACAAGCGGUAUCCAACAUCCAUGUCAUUGGAUUGGCAUCCAGCUCACUGGCCUUCUAUGUGAUCUAUCUGGCCCAGUACUACAAGCCUCUCCCCUCGAUCUUCAUUAGCUGCCUGAUGUUCUUCGGAGCUGGACUUUGCCUUACAUUACCGGAGACCUUAAACAAGAAGUUGCCCGAAACCUUGGCGGAUGGAGAAAUGUUUGCCUUGAACGAGAGCUUCCUCUACUUUCCUUGUUUCUCAAGAAAAGAAAAAAAUGUUAGGACUGAAAGUGUAUAAUUGAAGACAAAUUAAAGUGAACCUCUGGCUGAGAACACUGAGACUUAGUUUGUCGUUGUCAUUCGAUUUAAAGUAACCUCCACGAAGACUGAUUAAAUUAGUAUAUUUAAAAUUUAUAAGUUUGUCGUAAAUCAUCAAAGCAGAUUAAUUACAUGCACGAUGAUUAUACGCCAUAAAAUUCAAAUAAAAAAAUGAUUGACAGCGAAUUCCUGUGUUAAAAAACACACAACAAACUAUGGAGUUUGUCAUUUCUUUUUUAAGUAUUUAGUUGCCCAAAAUUUUUGAUUUGUUUAGAUUUAGUAUAGAUACGAUAUACAAAUCGCCUAUCUGCUUACAAUUUAAGCAGCUCUGACUUUUUGACGUCACGAAUUUAAUCGUAGCUAUAAUAUCUGUAAAUAAACAGCAUUGCAUGUUUGCAAUCACCGACCCCAAAAAUCUAUACUUAUCUCCUCAUCAUAGUAUUCAGCAAUAACAAAGGCCUAAGAUUUCAAAAUAAUUCGUCGUAGCAAAUACGUUUUACCGGUAGUAUGCAUGGGACACUCAAAUGGUAAUAAAAUAAUAUCAAUAAAAACAGAUCAAAGGGAUAUUUCGAACAGCUUAUAACGAUAUCUUUGAGAUAGUAUAUAUUUCCAAGUUCAUCGUAAUAGGUAACCAGCGAUCUAUACAUUUUCAUACAGCUUUCUUUCGUGUAUUUGACAAUUUCGUUUCACGAAAAUGCGACUGCAGGCAAUCGAAAGCCCCACAUCAAACUUUACUUUCGUUCCGUGCGGUUGACAUCGCAAUUUCGCCUGAGACGCGCAAUUCUCGGUCAGUGACUACAUAAAGUUCUAUUGUGACAGGCUGUGUUGGAUGCAGCCAAACGUCUGUUUCUUAUCUUAAAUUUAAUUAGGAAUUUCUCAACGAGCAUCUGCUAGCAAUCUAAAUCCAAGGGAUUUAAAUAAAAUUUAAAUAAAAUAUAAAAUGCUCGCCGUGCUGGAGCCUAACAUUUUUUAAAAUAAGAUGUGCCAGUGAAUAAACUAAAAUUGACUGUGA